GAGUUUGGCAUAAUAAGCGCCUCAGUGGUAGCGAACGCUAUUUUAACCCCAGCCUCUGAUGCAUUACGUCUUCCUUUAUUCUUUCGCCCAAUUUUUAAAUGAAUCAACUGUACGUGUGGCCCUUCAUUCCAAGCAGGCAAAAACUCGAAGGAAGCACCCAGGUGCAUUACACCAGGACCCCAAUUGUUAAGCUUAGAAAUUCCAAGAGCGGGCGACGUCAUGACGCAAAGGCCCCGCCCCGGAAGAAGCUCUAGACGCGUAAAUAAGACGCCGACCGGCGCGGCGCUAGCCUCGGGGCUUGACGGGAUUGUGGCGGUCCUCUCUCCCAAUUCGGAAGCUACAGCUACCUCCGGACGCUCUCAAGAUGGCGACCUCUCUGGGUUCCAACACCUACAACAGGCAGAACUGGGAGGAUGCGGACUUCCCCAUUCUGUGCCAGACAUGUCUUGGAGAAAACCCAUAUAUCCGAAUGACCAAAGAAAAGUAUGGGAAGGAAUGCAAAAUCUGUGCCAGGCCAUUCACAGUGUUUCGCUGGUGCCCUGGAGUCCGCAUGCGUUUCAAGAAGACUGAAGUGUGCCAAACCUGCAGUAAAUUGAAGAAUGUCUGUCAGACCUGCCUCUUAGACCUAGAGUAUGGCCUGCCCAUCCAGGUUCGUGACGCAGGAUUGUCUUUUAAAGAUGACAUGCCAAAGUCAGAUGUCAACAAAGAGUACUAUACACAGAAUAUGGAGAGAGAGAUUUCUAACUCUGAUGGAACACGGCCAGUUGGCAUGCUGGGGAAAGCCACAUCUACCAGUGACAUGCUGCUCAAACUGGCCCGGACCACACCCUACUACAAAAGGAAUCGACCCCACAUUUGCUCCUUCUGGGUGAAAGGAGAGUGUAAGAGAGGAGAGGAAUGUCCAUACAGACAUGAGAAGCCUACAGAUCCAGAUGACCCCCUUGCUGAUCAGAAUAUUAAAGAUCGUUAUUACGGAAUCAAUGAUCCUGUAGCUGACAAGCUUCUAAAGCGGGCUUCAACAAUGCCUCGGCUGGACCCACCAGAGGAUAAAACUAUCACCACACUAUAUGUUGGUGGUCUAGGUGAUACCAUUACUGAGACAGAUUUAAGAAAUCAUUUCUACCAGUUCGGAGAGAUCCGGACGAUCACUGUUGUGCAGAGACAGCAGUGUGCUUUCAUCCAGUUUGCCACACGGCAGGCUGCAGAAGUGGCUGCUGAGAAGUCCUUUAAUAAGUUGAUUGUAAAUGGCCGCAGACUGAAUGUGAAAUGGGGAAGAUCCCAAGCAGCCAGAGGAAAAGAAAAAGAGAAAGAUGGAACUACAGACUCUGGGAUCAAACUAGAACCUGUUCCAGGAUUGCCAGGAGCUCUUCCUCCUCCUCCUGCGGCAGAAGAAGAAGCCUCUGCCAACUACUUCAACUUGCCCCCAAGUGGUCCUCCAGCUGUGGUGAACAUUGCUCUGCCACCGCCCCCUGGCAUUGCUCCACCCCCACCCCCAGGUUUUGGGCCACACAUGUUCCACCCAAUGGGACCACCCCCUCCUUUCAUGCGGGCUCCAGGACCAAUCCACUAUCCUUCUCAGGACCCUCAGAGGAUGGGAGCUCAUGCUGGAAAACACAGCAGCCCCUAGCACCUUGUCACCACUCUGGGGCUCUGUGGAAGAAAGGGCACUUAAAACUCCCAGUAAAUCUUGGAAUAAAUAUAUUUUUCCUUCCCUUGUAGUUUCCAUGGUAGCUGAAUGUGCUCAGAUGUGGGCAGUCAGAGACUGACAGCCAUGCUUUCCUAUACUUGUUCAAAGGAUCGAUGGACCGUAAAUAAGCUGCCAUUAACACAUCUGGUUACUGCUAUAACACGACUAAUAAAACCUAACGCCUGUUCCCCUUACCCGUGUGGGGGACAAGCAGAUGAGUGAAUUGGAAUGUCCAGCAGAGUUACCAUCCCAAUUAUAUGUUCAUUUUGUAUAUUUUUUGGUCGGGGGAAAAAUUGACCUGCAGUAAACCUUUGACCAUUUUUAUGUCCAUUGGAUAUUUUCCUUUUUAUCAUCUUAAAAAAAAGAUAACUAGUACUAAUCAUUGUAGUGGCCUAAGUGUGAUUUAACUCUUCUGAAGUCACACCCUCAGAAAGAUGAGUAGAAACCAGCACCAGCACAGCCCAGAUCUUUUCUUUCCUCUCCUUUUCCUCAUUUAUUCCUAAAGGAAUCUGACCAUUUUACGUCUCUACGCCCCAAAAAAAGACAAAAAUAAAAAUUCCUUUUUAUUCCUGUCAACUGGAUGGAAACACAAAUUUCAUGGAGCUGUGUACCAUUGAAGAAACCUGGUGUCUGGCAUGAAAUUACUGUAAAGAACUUCCUGCAAAACAUGUUCUUUAACAAACUGAAAUGAAAAGCAUUGGAGCGUUUGAAUGAAAGAUGUGACCUCCUGCUGGGACUCUGAUGGUCUUCAGCAUUCACCUUCAUGUGUCUUCAGUGUCUCAUUGUCAUCCCUGCUUCUGUUUGGUCUUAGAGUGUUUGGAUAUAACUGAAUUGUAGAUGGUAAAGGAAAUUUGAUGUGUUUUUUGUUUUUAAAUAAUUAAAACGGGUCAAUUUUUCAAA